AUGGCCAAGAAAUCCUUCCGAGUAGUGGUGUUGCCUGGCGAUGGCAUAGGACCUGAUGUAAUCGCGCAGGCGACCCGGGUGUUAGAAGUGAUAUCUGCAGCCUCGCCCAGCGUGGAGCUCAAAUUGGAGUCGCAUUUAUUCGGUGGAUGUGCGAUUGAUGAGACUGGCCAACCUCUCCCAGAAUCUACACUGAAGGCAUGUAAAGAGGCAGAUGCGAUCCUGAUGGGCUCUGUUGGUGGCCCGAAGUGGGACGUCAACAGCAAAGUCCGCCCGGAGCAGGGUCUGCUCGGUCUCCGGAAAGCCCUCGGCCUCUAUGCUAACAUUCGACCCGCCAACUUCGCCUCGGAGUCUCUCCUCGCGUAUUCUCCCUUGAAGCCUUCAGUCGCCCAGGGUGUCGAUAUCAUCGUUAUCCGCGAGCUUAUUGGUGGUGCAUACUUCGGCGAGCGAAAGGAGCUGGGACCCGACGACGACAACGCGUACGAUACGAUGAUCUACAGUAUUCCUGAGGUUCAGCGCAUCACUCGUGUCGCAGCUCAGAUUGCCCUGUCAACCAACCCCCCGCUGCCAGUCCAUUCAAUCGAUAAGGCCAAUGUUCUUGCAAGCUCGCGUCUGUGGAGAAAGGUUGUCGUCGAGACGUUGCAGUCGGAAUAUCCCCAGUUGCAACUCGAUCAUAUGUUGGUUGACUCUGCAUCCAUGGUCAUGGUUGCAAACCCCAGGAAGCUGAAUGGAGUCGUUGUGACCGAGAAUCUCUUCGGGGACAUUCUUUCCGAUGAGGCUAGCGUCAUUCCCGGUUCUCUCGGCCUGCUCCCCUCUGCAUCGUUGGCCGGUGCACCGUCUGUUGCUGACGCACUGUCGCCCAACUUCCAGCCCACACCAGGUUUGUAUGAGCCCAUCCACGGUUCAGCUCCGGAUAUCGCUGGAAAAGGAAUAGCGAAUCCCAUCGGUACUAUUCUGAGCGCUGCGAUGCUCCUCCGGUACUCGCUUGGGCUUGAUCACUACGCACAGGCGAUCGAGAAUGCGGUCCGCAAAGUGCUUGACGAAAAGAGCAAAGGUGGAUUUGAGCUGAGGACGGCUGAUCUUGGUGGGACCGUCAAGACGACUGAGAUUGGAGACAAGAUCGUCGAGGUGCUCAAGGAGUUGCUGUAG